CAUAUAUGUUGAACAAGGCACACACCUCGAUAUAGCGAAUGAAGAGACGAGGCAAACGAGAGAACGUACCCUUUUACCGGCAUCAGGGGACUUAGAAAAUAAUAAUUUGUGGAAAGAGUGAACAAGUGUCUCGAGAUGUUGAGCAGAACGCGGCUCUUGACGAGGAACUUGGGGGUCCUGCGGAAUUCCUCGAUGCAUCCGGAGGUUAAUAUGAACGCGCCGAUACUGUGUUCGGUGUACCCGGUUCAAGUGAGACACAAGACCAGCACUCCACUCAAUACGAUCUUCAUGUUCGUGCCACAACAGGAGGCUUGGAUAGUCGAGCGAAUGGGCAAAUUCCACAGAAUCCUGGAGCCCGGCCUCAACGUGCUCUUGCCAAUAGUCGACAAAGUUAAAUACGUACAGAGCCUCAAGGAAAUAGCGAUCGACGUGCCAAAGCAGAGUGCAAUCACGUCGGACAACGUGACCCUCGAUAUUGACGGUGUUCUCUACCUCAGGAUAAACGACCCGUACUUGACAUCUUACGGUGUCGAGGACCCAGAGUUCGCUAUAAUUCAGUUGGCCCAGACCACGAUGAGAUCGGAACUGGGGAAAAUAUCGUUAGACAAUGUGUUCAGGGAACGCGAGGGACUCAAUGUCAAUAUCGUGGCGAGUAUAAAUAAAGCGAGCGAGGUCUGGGGGAUCACAUGUCUCAGAUACGAAAUUCGUGAUAUCAGACUGCCUGCGCGAGUCCAGGAGGCGAUGCAGUCGCAGGUGGAGGCUGAGAGGAAGAAGAGAGCUGCAAUUUUGGAGUCUGAGGGAGUGAGGACAGCUGAUAUAAAUGUCGCUGAGGGAAAACGACAGGCCAGAAUUCUCGCCUCAGAGGCCGAAAAACUAGAGAAAAUAAAUCAAGCUCAGGGUGAGGCAACAGCCCUGCUAGCAGUCGCAGAGGCGCGUGCCAAGAGUCUCCAAGUGGUGGCAGAUUCCCUGGGGCUUCGGGACGGCAAGAACGCAGCCUCGUUGAGCAUAGCCGAGCAGUACGUCAAGGCAUUCAACAAACUCGCAAGAACAAACAACACUCUGAUACUUCCAAGCAACGUGGGAGACGUCUCGGGUCUCGUGGCCCAGGCCAUGUCGAUUUACAAGCAAAUCCUCCCCCCAAACCCACCCAAUAGCUCCACCACUCAGUACGAGACGAAGAGUCUACCCGAGAGCAAUGAAAUUGACGAAGUUUACGAGUAUUUCAGUGACAAGGAGGAGGCGGAGAAGCACAGAAACACCAGCAAAGCACGUAAAUCGUAAAAAUUGUGUAGAUUAUUGAUGGAUCCUCAUGUGGGAUGCAAACAUGUUCAACAUGGUUGAUUAAAAAAUCGAUUUAUUAAAAUUA